AUGGGUCAACCAGAAAGAAAAAAGAAAAAUAAGCACGCGCCUUCAGAGGCAUCGUGCAAAGAGCCACAGCCGAAGAUUAGAAGCAUCCAGGGACUUGACACUUCAAAAUACAAAGAGCUGAAAUAUGGGGAUAUCAGAUUUGAUCCGGCAUUUGGGAAAGCCAAUGACAUUGAAGUGAGAAAGAAUUACCAAUUUUUAGACAAGUAUCGUCAUGAAGAAAUCAAGAAGAUUUCCGGGAUUUUGAAAGACCCUAAAUCAGCAAAAAUAUUGAAGUAUGGUGAAUUGGAAGAUUUAGAUUACCAGAUGAAAUCACUAAAGUCGCGGAUGGAUUCUCUUAAAAAUAAGGACUUAGCAAUGUCUGUUAAGAGAAGAGUGAAGAACCAAUACUUUGAUGAGAUCAAACAAGGUAAGAAGGGUCAUUAUUUGAAGCGUGCGGAUCAACAGAAAUUGAUCCAGGUAGAGAAGUUCAAGCAUAUGAAGAAGAGACAAGUUGAUAAGGUGAUUGAAAGAAAGAGAAAGAAGACCUUGGCUAAGGAAUACAAGAAUGUGGAGUUCUUGAAGAAUGAUAGGUAA